AGUUCGCCAAUCAGAGCGGUUCGCGCCAUACGCUCGCACGCGCGCCUUUAUCAAAAUGCGACUCCGUACCGCGUCAAUUAUUAAACAAUAAUAAAAUAAAGCCGUACGUAAUCGGUAUCGGAGUCAAAGCACAAGCAACCUCCGCGGCGUAAGCACAUCCUGCAUGCACAUCGCACGAAAAUAAAAUAAAUAUAAAGUACACAAUAAUAAAACGACAAAAACACCGCGGUCCGGUUUAGGUCCCUCGUGGUUGCGUUUGCUUCGUGUUUGCAGCGAAAAGUAAAACAAAAUCGCGCGCUUGUAAACUGCCUGCUAUGAAUUUCAGUUACGUUUAAACGAUCCGAUGAAACUGUGUUGUUUUGAUACAAUGUUAUGUCGGUAACAUCUGGUGCUUUUACAUGAGAAUAGAGACUGCGGUUAUAGUUUUAUAUGUAUGUAAUAAAUAACUUUAUAAUGCACUUUAGAACAAUAUACAAUAAAGUGACAGUGCUGUGUUUUUUUAUGUGUAUUUAGCCAUAAAACUGGUUACCCUUUAUCUGACCGUGAAAUAAUUUGCAACUUUCAUUCGGAGCGAACGCCCGCUUGAUUACCAUAAGAUUCGUGAUGGCGAGCCGGUGGGUGCUACUCGCCGUGGUGGCCGUUCAUCUAGGACACUGCAUCGAAGAGAAUGGACUUACGGAUACCAUUUCGCACGUUUACGAGCCAACAUGGAUGUACAAAUGCGUGCCCGACGAGGGCUGUCAACGCACGCGGCACCACCAGCUCAGCGACAACAACACCAGCUUGUUAUUCGGGAGCUUGGACGUCUGCAGGACCGUGUGCGGCAGGUUCGGUGGCCUCUGGCCCCGGCCCGUCACUGCGGCCAUCAGCAUGCAGACCGUCGGCAUACAUCCAAACUAUCUCCGGUUCGAUUUAGCAAAUGUGCCAGUAGAAACCCGGGAGUUGCUGGUGGAAAUGACGAAGGUCGUGGGGGAGAACCUGUUUGCCGAGUGUGACGGCGACGUCACCGAGAUGGUGGAGACCCCAGUCAUAGUCUUCAUGAACGUCAAAACUGACGACAUGACGCUGAGCUGGGAAACUAACGAGGCGUACGCGCUGGAUGUACAGACAAAAGAAACCCAAAUAGCAGUACACAUUCACGCUGAAACCGUAUACGGAGCGCGUCACGCGUUGGAGACCUUCACUCAAUUAGUGGCAGCUGAUAAACCUGACUAUUCAGACCAAAAGAAGUGUGGUCUCCAACUUGUGACCGGCGCUAAGAUCCGAGACCGCCCAGUUUACAAGCACAGAGGUCUUCUCCUCGACUGCAGUAGGCAUUUUAUACCCAUGGUCGAUAUCAAGAGAACCAUUGACGGUAUGGCUGCAAACAAAAUGAACAUCUUCCAUUGGCAUGUCACCGAUUCACACAGCUUCCCGCUUGAGUCGACCAGAGUACCGCAAUUUACUAGAUACGGUGCGUACUCCGCAAAUGAGAUUUACUCGGCGGAGGAAGUGAGAGAGCUGAUCAAGUACGCGCAAGUACGCGGCGUGCGCGUCGUAAUCGAGAUUGAUGCGCCCGCGCAUGCCGGGAACGGCUGGCAGUGGGGGAAGGAGUACGGUUUCGGCGAGCUGGCGGUGUGCGUGAACCAGUGGCCGUGGAGGCACCUGUGCGUGGAGCCGCCGUGCGGGCAGCUGAACCCCGCCAACCCCGCCAUGUACCGCGUGCUGCGAGACCUCUACCGGGACAUCGCUGAGGCCAUCCCGCAGCCGGCGCUGCUGCACAUGGGAGGCGACGAGGUUUGCAUCGAAUGUUGGAAUGCAACUGAGGAGAUAACUAACUACAUGAAGCAGAAGAAGUUUGAGACCAACGAGAACGGAUUCAUCGAACUCUGGGCAGAGUUCCACCAGAAAGCCUUGGAGGCCUGGGACCAGGAGCUGGAAGCCGCUAACGGCACCCCCCCUCAACCCGUCAUGCUGUGGUCCUCAGAACUCACGCAAGCGCAUAGGAUACAGCAACAUCUCAGCAAAGAAAGAUACGUGAUCCAAGUAUGGGAGCCAAUCAAUAGCCCGCUUCUGAACCAGCUCAUCAAGCAAGGGUACCGCACCGUCUCCGUGCCCAAAGAUAUCUGGUAUCUGGACCAUGGCUUCUGGGGCACCACCAAGUACUCCAACUGGAGGAGGAUGUACGCCCAUACUCUGCCUAGAGACGACAACUUCUUGGGUGGUGAAGUCGCUAUGUGGACCGAGUACUUGGAUGAACAGGGAUUAGACACUCGCGUGUGGCCCCGAGCGGCGGCGGUGGGCGAGCGGCUGUGGGCGGACCCGGUGUCGGGCGUGCAGGGCGCGGAGCCGCGGCUGCAGCGGCAGCGCGCGCGCCUGCUGUCGCGCGGCCUGCGCCCCGACGCGCUGGGGCCCGCCUGGUGCGCGCAACACGACGCCAAGUGCUUCUAGCCCGCGUCACGUCUGACCCCGCAUCAUGCCGCAUGGUGCCCGCACUGAUCUCGACUGACCGAGCCUGCGCCAUCUCACACAUAACAGGUAAAGUUGUUGUUACGAAAUAUAAUAUCAGCUCUUUAGAAACUUUGAUUAAGAAAGCACCAGUAAGAUUGAUUCUAUAGAUAUGAAUUAUCCGGUCUUUAUGUGUUAUCACAGUAAGAUAUUUUGAUAACAGCAUUAGGAAAUGAUGCUUUAAAUCAAAAAUGUACAAGUCAUAAUAUAAUAACUGUUUAUUUAUCUCGGCAUUUACUCAUUGAUUAAUCAGUUUUGACCUUCGUUACGCGACGUUCCAUACGUAACGUGCUGAGAUGGGUGCAGGCUAUCGGUUAUCAAUAUUUUAAUGGAACUAUAUUAUUAUUAAAAUAAUGCUAUUUACAUGUUUUAAGGAUACAUAUCCGUCUUUCCAUUUUCUUUUAAUGUUUACCCUCAUAUUUAUUGAGUUAUAUUGAUAUGAGUAUGUAUAUUGUUAGAUGUAUGAUAAAAUUAUUGGUUCUAUUAAACAUUGUUAAAUUGUAUGUUAUCAUGUUGAAUGUUAAUGCACUUCCUGGCCGAUAACGACGUGUUGACAAUCCCCUCGUUGCGAGUCGGAAAGAGACUAAUAUGUGGUGAAUUUAAAAAUAUAUCAGCACAGCAAACAUAAUGAGACUUAUUUAAAAAAAAUAACAGCCUACCUAGCUAAGUGACGUUAUUAAAAUGCAAAGCCACGGUGUAAGUAUCUAUUCACUAUGGUCUAGCGUCAAUGACACUGAAAUGUAUGGAAAUGACAUUUCGUUUUGAUCACGUGACCUGGACCUGUCAUAUUCAUACAUUCGAGCGCUCAUACAUUCUAUUAACUGUAAAGAUUUUUGAAAUGUCAUUUUGCCAGAACGGCGGACACGUGUCGAUAUCGGCCUCAUAGCUAAUGGCUACAGUUUUCAAAUAUUAUUAAGAUACAUUUAAGUAUCGAAAUAAACUAGCAUAAUAAAAAUACCAAUGCAAAUGAAUGUUAGUCAUAACAUAACGGUAAAUUAGUUAUUUGUUUAACGUAUAAUAAUAAUGUAUGUGUAUAAUAUUUAUGUUUGUAGCGUCAAAAGAUGAAUUAUUACGAGACAAGUUCGUUAGCCAUUCCUUCAUGAAUAAGUCCAAUACGUGCCUAUGUACUUAGGCAGUACACUUAUAUAAGAAGAAUAACACAAAGUACAUUUACCUUCUCCAAUCGAGACCUCGAGUGUUCCAAGCGCUCUAAGGUUCAUUGAAAUUAAGAUUUUGAGAGUCCGAGUACAUUUUGUAACUUAAAGUGUUCCAAAACUUACGAAGACCAACCAAAGUUAAGAGUGUUAAGACUGCACACUUUUUUAAAACUAACAUUUCAAAGCAUUUUUUCGUUAUAGUUAUUUCUAGUUGAUCAGGAAAAGCACACAAAAGACUAUGGCAGUAGAGCACCUUGAUACUGUAAACUAAAUGUUGUGGAAGCAAGACAGCGUUCUACUAAAUGUAAUGCGUUGUCCUGCUCCCACAAAGGAAAGACAUAGAGAGAGGAAGUUAGUACCAUUGUAUACUGACGUUAAACCACAUAAAUAUAGCUAUGAAGCUAAAUAAUGUACACGAGAAAUUCUGAAAUAUACCGAAUUUAUUGUGAUAUUUAAUAAUUUAAAUUUAUAAUAAGUAACCUAUGAAAAUUGUAAUAAUACAAUAAAAUUGCUACAGUA